AAUUAAUUCAGGUGUUCUACCGCCACUAGCUGCCAAAAACGCGGAACCAAACCAACAGAACAGACCAAUCAUGAAGUGCAUGGUAGCUGCAGUCAUCUUGGCUCUGGCCGUUGUCGUCUCGGAAGCUCUGCCAUUCGGUGGCUGGCCAUACGCUCACUGGGGAGCCCCAACUGUGAUACAAGCGAACGUUCUGGCCCAUCCCUAUGGAGCUCUGUCGCACGCCGCUGUCCACGCCGCCUACCCAGCGCUGCCAGCAGCCGUCAUUGCAGGCCCACACUGGGCUGGUCCCGUUCAUGGACCAGUAGCGUCCGUUGCGCACCACGCCGGAGUGGUUCCUGGUGCUACCUCCGUUACCGCCAACCGUGGUUCAGUGCAUGUGGCUCCCCUUCCCGGACAUGCCGUUUCCCAGCAGCAGCUUAACCUGGCUCCGGCUCCGGGAACCAUCUAAACUUAAAGCUCAACGAACGACACAGGGACAACAGCAACACACCUGACCUCAGCUAGUCACUGGAACCGAGACAUCCAACCAACCCACCAAAAAAAGCCGAAGUCUUCAUCUCUAUCUAUCUCUCUCUUUCUCCUUCCAUCUCUGUCUAUAGUCUAUCGUCUAUCGAUCGAAAAGCAAACUGUCGCAACUAGUUAGGAUACUCUCGAUGCGCGUACAUUUCGGUGAGUGAAGAGAAUAAAUUCGUUUCCAUUGUUUCUUUAUAAAAACAAAACUCUAAAA